AUGCCAUCAGCAGCAAAGCACAGGGAAAACCAGGCAGUGAACUGUGCUUCCCACCCUUAGGCUGUGAGGCACAAGCCCCAGCAAUGGAAGGAUUAAAAAUCCUCUCAAUUUGAAAAGACAGGGGGAGGGGAGGGGAAUGUGGGCUGCACAAUUUAUAAAUAGACAUUACCAGAGGCUGCCUGAUGGUGAAGUGGUUGUUUAGUAAAUCUUUCUUCUUUAAGGACUGCAUUAUCAGAGACCAUUUGAAAACACCGGUUUCCUUUUGUCUUUUGGGGGAUAUCCUGGGUUUCAUCAAGUCAGCCCUGUUGGGUAAUAUUUCUCUCUGCCAAAUUUAGGGACAGGGCGUCGAUAUUUUGAAUCACCUUUACAUGGAGCACAAAGAUGAUGAUGAUGAUGAUGUGUGUUUUGCCAAAUGGAUGAGCAGCUUCUGGGGUCACAGCUGGAUAGAGGAGGAUGAGAGAGGACUCCGGGACCGCCAUGGAUCACAAGAUGCCAUUAGCAGGAAAACCUCCCUGCCCUGCCCAGAGAAAAGUCCCACCAAUCAAGGAGAUAAAAUUUCAGUUCAACAUCAGAUUUGUAUGUUUCCUGUGCUUCCCAGGCUCAUGUCAUCUGAUAGCCACCCUAGAAGACAUUCAUAUGAGGACCAGGGAUUUCGAAGCUGUACUCACAUGCGGGAUUACAGAAAACGCUCAGGGGAUGGGUCAUUCAAGGAGCCACUGGAAUCAAAAGAAAGAUCUCAUUCCAAAAUUCAGGCAUUUUCAGAGUCCUUUGAACAGCAGCUGUGCUUUAGAACCAAGCGCUCUGUCUCUUUGGGACCUGAGAGCAGAAAGGAGAGAAAUGAGAAAGAAUGCUGGAGGCUGGAGAUGAGGUCUCACAAGAAAGUAGAGGAAAGGAGGAGCUCUAGGAAGGAAGAGCUUGGAGAAGCAUAUAUACCUGCCCUGCCUGAAAAAUGGCCCAAAUAAUGCUUUGUUUCCGCACCACAACUACAGAUGCUAUCGUGUUUUCUGAGCCCCAAUUCACCAGGCUCAGGAGAGGGAGCUAUAAAAGUGUGUCGCAGAUGCUGAGUGACUCAGGGGGUGGUAGGUCCAGCUGCUCCCCAAGACAGCUGGCGUCAUUCUCCAACUGCUUUUGAGAGUAUGAUCUGCUGUUGCCCUUUUAUGGGAAUAAAAAGAAGAAAAGGUAUUUUGAUUGAGUAAAGUAAUUCUUGAAAAUGUAAAGAAAGAUAUUUCAAGAGCCACCCACACGUCUUCACCAACCCUUCUUCCACGUCAGCCUUGCAAAUAAUUUUAAAUAAAAGUCAUUGGUGUGA